CCCUUUCUGAUGGUGCUGCUUUUUUGGUGACUUGCGCUUCUUGCUCCUCUUGUCACUCAGCACCACACACUCUCCCACCCCUUCAUUCUUGCUGCGAUGCAUCGGCACCACCAAUACCAGAAACUAACGGGUGUAAGGGAUACUCCGCUGGACAACAACGACGACACCAUACACUCUCAUGUCCUACCAGCCGAUUCAGCCGUGCCUGCAGCGUCGUCGUUUCUGCGCCAGUCCAGAGGCAGCCUUGCUUCAAGUGCCCAUUCAACGUCAGCAAACCAGGACCCGCCACUGAUGCCCCUCUUCACACCUGUCCUGCAGGACUUUCAGAACCGCUUUGGUUCUGCCAUCCUGCAGCAUGACACCGACGAGCACGAGCACGAACAUGAACAGGGCGAGAGCGACCAUGAAGUGAUGUACGACCAUGGUGCAACACGGACACGGCUGAGACCGAACCUUGACGUUGGCACGGACCACGAAGCACCUGCGUCGCUCAUGAUCGAAAUGAACCACCGCCAGCAGGAUGACGACGAGGCAGCUGGGUACUGGAACUUUGGUGACAGGGCCCGGAGGCGGUUUCAAUAUAAGCGACCAGGCAUGGAUGCAGCCGAGCUGGCUAUGUGGAAAUGGGUUAAUGUUGAGAACUUGGACAACUUCUUGACAAGAGUCUAUAACUAUUACGUUGGGAAGGGCAUGUAUACCAUCCUGCUCGAGAGAUGUCUAAAUCUGCUGACAUUUGCGUUUGUCAUUGGAUUCGCCACAUUCUUGGUCGGCUGUGUGGAUUAUCCAAGGCUACGGCAUUCUAGACACCUUGAUGAAGUCCUGAUAUCGCAGUGUGUCCAUAAGCUUUCCACAGGAACGUUCGUGGUUUUAUUACUGUUUGCCACAUUUUGGGUCGGCCAGCUGACUCGCCUAAUAUACGAUAUCCCUGAGAUGGUGGACAUGUGUAACUUCUACACGUAUCUCCUGCAGAUCCCGGAUGAGGAUAUUCAGACUGUAUCGUGGCACGAGGUCAUCACAAGGAUUAUUAAAAUCCGCGACAACAACCCGAACACGACGACUGCUGCAACCAUUCAAACAACGGACAUGCAGCGCCUGAAUGCUCAUGAUAUUGCCAACAGGAUUAUGCGUAAGGAGAAUUUUAUGAUCGCUAUUUUCAACAAAGACCUCAUCGAUCUGUCUCCACCAGUGCCGUUCUUGCGCAACAGGACCAUCCUCACUCGAAUACUGGAGUGGAGUCUGAGCUUUUGUAUCUUGGGCUAUGCCUUUGAUGAACGUGGGCAAGUUCGGAAACGGUUCCUCAAAGAUACGCGGCGAGGAGAAUUGGUUGAAGGGCUUAGGCGACGCUUCCAGUUUAUGGGUAUCGCUACAAUUAUAUUUUCACCAUUUAUCUCCAUCUAUCUGAUGCUCUACUUUUUCUUCCGAUACUUCGAGGAAUACCACAAGAACCCAAGCUCAAUCGGCACAAGACAAUACACGCCGCUGGCGAAAUGGAAGUUCAAGGAGUUCAAUGAACUGCCUCAUCUGUUUGAGAACAGAAUUAAUGCGAGUUAUCCGUUGGCAAUGAAGUACAUCAACCAGUUUCCGAAAGAAAAAACAAUCCUGGUUUGCAGGUUUGUCGCGUUCAUCUCAGGCUCAUUUGCAGCUGUUCUCGCCCUGAUCACGCUUUUCGACCAAGAGCUGCUGUUGGGCCUCGAGAUCACAUCCGAAAAGACAGUGUUUUUCUACCUUGGACUAUUUGGCACAAUCAUGGCGGUCAGCCGAGGUAUGAUUCCGGACCAGACGGAGAGCUUUGAUCCCGAACUACUGCUUCGAGGAGUCGUCGAGCAGACGCACUACAUGCCUAACGAGUGGCGAGACAAGCUGCACACGGACGAGGUCCGAAAGCAGUUUGCGCUGUUGUUCGAGUACAAUGCUGUGCUAUUUCUACUGGAGUUCAUGAGUCUGUUUUUGACUCCCUUGAUCCUCUGCUUCAGCUUACCGAGCAGUAGCGAAAGAUUGAUAGACUUUUUCCGCGAGUUCACGGUGCAUGUCGAUGGGGUUGGAUAUGUCUGCAGCUUUGCCGUAUUCGAUUUCAAGAGGCACGGCAACGUCAAGUAUGGAGCGCCAGCGGAUGCUAUGACGGACCGGCGCUUUGUUUCGAAUCAAGGGAAAAUGGAGAAGUCAUUCCUUAAUUUUAAGCAAAACAAUCCCGACUGGGAGCCCAACAAUCCUGAGGGUUCCAUGUAUCUGUCUAGGUUACUGGAGGCGGACUCUGUGCCUGCUCAUGGGCGUCAUCCUCAUUAUGCUGGAGAUCGCUUACAGCCACCACUUCCUUGGGGCCAAAGUUCGGCGUUUUUGCGGCCAAGGGGUUUAGCCACUAGCACCUAUUAUAAUCAGGAUCGACCCCUGUACAACGGGAGGAGUCGUCUCGGUGCUGAAGUUCGCUCAAGGAACAUCGAUGCAAGUGAUGAUGAACAGGAGGAACUGGACGAGGAACAUGUACAUGAAAGAGAUGAGCAGAGCCCUGGAAUCAAGUUCUAUCUAUCCACUAAUCAGCGGAGUCGGGCGCAAAAUGCGACCCAGAUAGAGACAGAUUCAGCAUCAAGCACAUAUGAUGAACCGAAUAGCCUUGGUGCCAAAGGAUUUACUACAAGCCUUGGCGACUCGUUCGUCUCGGAGAUUGGACAGUCAUCAAAUCGUGCACGUGAAGGAUCUGAUAGAGGGAGAGGAGGGAAGGAUAAAGAGGGCAAGCAUCGGAGGGACGUGGAUGAGAUGUCGGAUGCGGAGGACGAGCGCGAGGUUCAGAAGAAGGGUGUCUUUGGGCUCUUGAACCAAAUUUAUGAGAUGAAUAAUGUCACUCGAUGAACGCUACUAGCUUCCUCUGCAAUAAAGUGCCCACCUCCUUUCAAUGCUUCUUUGUUUCUUUUUGAUCGAGGGAUUACACUGGACUUCGAAGCCGCGGAAUACGCGGCACUAUUGCAACACCG